CAGCAGGUUUCCAUUGUAAACAUUCACGACAGUGUGACGCUCACAGGUCCUCGACGCGCUUUACGGUAGCAGGAGCCACACGUGUUGUGGUGCAUGAGGCGGAUCGGCAGCGAGUGAAGAGAUAAACUACUUACUACUAAGACAUUACAGCAACUGUACCAGAAUGUCGUUCCGAGGAGGUGGCGGUGGCUUUAGCCGAGGAGGUGGAGGCGGAUAUGGCGGCGGAGGAGGUGGAGGCUACGGGGGUCGGGGUGGAGGUGACCGGGGCGGCAGGGGCUUCGGGGGUCGUGGCGGGGGCUUCCGUGGCGGGAGAGGAGGAGGAGGAGGCGGGUUCAGGCAGCAGGACUACGGACCCCCGGAGUAUGUGGUCGCGGUGGGAGACUUCGUCCAUCCCUGUGAGGAUGACAUCGUGGUGAAGUGCACCACGGAGGAGAACAAGGUUCCCUACUUCAACGCUCCAGUCUACCUGGAGAACAAGGAGCAGAUCGGGAAGGUCGACGAGAUCUUCGGCCAGCUGCGGGACUUCUACUUCUCUGUGAAACUCUCGGACAACAUGAAGGCGGCUUCCUUUAAGAAGCCCCAGAAGUUCUACAUCGACCCGAUGAAGCUCCUCCCACUGCAGAGGUUCCUACCCCGACCUCCGGGGGAGAAGGGCCCGCCCCGAGGGGGGAGGGGGGGGAGAGGAGGCGGUCGCGGAGGUGGCUUCAGAGGUGGUCGUGGAGGAGGAGGUCGUGGAGGAGGUUUCUCGAGAGGAGGUGGAGGAGGUUUCGGACGUGGAGGAGGAGGAGGCUUCAGAGGGAGAGGAGGUGGAGGGCGUGGUUUCAGAGGUGGGAGGUGAGCUGGCGGUCUGGACGCACCGCGACGGGCGGGGUCGGGAGCCGUACCUGGCCCCAGACGGAUCUGGACCUCGGUGGACUCUUCUCUACGUUCCUUCCUGCUCUUGGUGGUCUGGUGCUCCGCCAGUACGGACUGGUCUGCUCCCAGCGCUCCACUCAUGAACUUGAGACUCAAAUGUUUUUUCUGCUCGACCUGAAGACCUGAGGAGAGGCGUUGUUCCGUUCAUCUGAGCGGCAGAGACCGAGACGCUGCCUCUGGUUCCUCACGAUGACGAGGACGUUUCAGUUAGAUUGUGUGUUUUGUCAAGAUGUUUUAGAGGAUUGUGAUGCAAAGUGCGGUUGACUUUUUUUUGUUGACUCUUUUAAUAAACGUUGCUUUGCAUUUUUUUUUA